AUGCUCCAGACUCUCAAUGAUUCAGACAGUGGGAACUUUGAGGCCGAGAUUGAUGCCGUUAGUGACACUGACACAUCAGAUGGUGAAGACUCAAGCGGUGAUGAGCUUGGAACAUUGAGGACAAUCCUCACUGUCCCUCAACCGGAAGCACCCAUGCACAAGGCACUCGAAACUCUUAAAGCUCUCAAGAAGGACUACCUUACACUCUCAGCUACUGUUCCUGCCUGCAGCCGUAACCAUGCACUCAAGAAGACAUCCACUCUCGACACGAAAAUCACUGCCAAAGGGAAAAAGUACACAUUGUUCUAUCAUUUCUGGGUCAUCCCUGGUGUCUUCCCAAUGACCCCACAGCCUGACAAUGACCCAUGUAGUCCUACACGUUGGGCAUCUCCCAAGGCGAGGUGCCAUGGUGCCAUGGCGGAAUUAUAUAAGUGUGUGUCCAAGGACUUGCACAAGUCCAUGGAGAAAUAUACAGCAUUCGAUUCUUUGUUUCGUGCUGCAGUUAGCACUGAGCAGUCAAAUAUUGUGCACGCUAUCAAGAGCUGUGCAAGUCUCAUCUUCUCAAUGCUCAAGCUUGACCCCACUCUCUUUUCAUCUCAGACAGAUGCCAGAAAGCGAGACAACCAUGACCUCCUUCGUCUGCUGAAGAAGAAUGGCAAGGGAGAGUACAUUCGGCUAACACCCAUCCUGUUUGCGAGACCAGAUGCCAUGGUGGCCGAUGAGUUCCUCAAGAAUCCUGUACUAGUCAAAAUCGUUCACAUUGAAAUGUACAGGAAGAAGAUACUUUCUGGAAAGACCAAGGGUCAGAAGGCUAGGGGACAGUGCUGCAAUGCGCAAUGUGUCACCAAAGGUUUAAUUGCAGGUGCUGCAGUUAUGGCACAUUUUUUGUUGACACAUGAUCCUGAGUUUACUGCGACCAGUGUGGGGAAUUCCCCCACUGUAGGCAUAAAACCCCGUCCUUUCCACAUCGUCUCACAUCAGUUCUCCAUAUUCCACACAUUCCGCAUUUCCCACACAUCGUCCAAUGGGUUCCGCAUUCCCACGCAUCCUUCGGAACCCGCCUGCACUAUCUGA